AUCUCGACCGCUGCCCGCUGACGCCGUCGACGCCUGUCGUUCUUUGCUAAAAGCGGUCGGACCGUCGUUGCUACUCCAUCCACUUGCCAGACUUUUGUUCACCGGAACAGAAGACCGCACCUCCCGUCACAACGAACACGAUUCAAUUCCGCUGAAAAAUCUUCAAAAAUCCAAUUUACAACAAUACCAGCCGCUCUGUCCACAAGUUGCGAUUUUUUCAUAA